AUGAGGAUGCUGGUUCCGGCGCCAUACCAGGUGCCGGUAAAGAAGGACAAGAAGAAGAAGAACAAGGAGGCCGAAAGUGGCCUCCACCACGAAGGGACCUCGGACGCUAUGUCUGGAGGGACUGAGGCUCCCUCCUCUUACGAGGGAGACGAAAAUGAGGACGAGGAGGAGGAGGAGGAGGAAGAAGAUAACCCUCCUCUCAAAGGGAAAAAGAGGGCGGCCUCUGUAGACCCGGAGGCGAGGGCGUCUAAGAGGGAAAAGUUAUCCCUCUUGGAUGACUCGGAUUCGAACACCAAGGAUAUCCCCAAGCCCCGCCCCCGAACCAAGCCCCUUGCCGAAUCUCCGGCCCGCGAUCUCCCUCAACAAUCCUGCUCAUCAGGGGAUUUGCCGCCGGAGAUGAUGGAGAGCGAGACGCCUCCGCAAGUCGCGGAGGUUUCUGAACUGAAGCGGCAACUGAAGCAGGCCGAUGAGGACAUUGUCCUUAUUAACAAGCGGCUCGACGAGGCACAAGAUGGCACUGCUGAGGUCGAGACCCUUAGGGGUGAACUUGCCCGGGCCAAGGAGCAGGUGAAAUUGAGCAAUGCGGCCGCUGAUAAAGCGGUUGCAAAUUUGAAGGCCGAACAGGCCACCCGGCACCAGGUCGAGGAGCGGGUAUCUGUAGUAGAGCAAGAGCUCAAGGACGCCACCCGCAAGUGCAAGUCCCUCGAGGAGGAGAAUAAAGCUAAGGCAACCGAGCUCGCCAAGGCCCUUCAGGAGGCCAAAGAGGCGCGGUCCGAAUCUAGGGCGGCUCGCGAGGAGAUCCGGCAGAGUGCCGCCGACGCCACACAAUUCUUCCAGGCUCAGGAGGGACAUGCGACGGAGAAGCUGUUCUGGUCACAAUUCACGGCGCGGGAGCGCCCGGCACUGCUGAACGACCAAAUGGCGCAGUGGGCCGAGCUGCAUAAGAUGUCCGGAGCGGUCAUGAAGGACGUCAUAGUUCGGCUAUGGCCAGCUGGACCUAUUCCGGCCAGCUAUUUCGGCCUGGCGUGGCGACUUGUCGAUGCAGUGCCUCGAAUCGAUGCAAUCAUGCGGUCGGUGUGCAUAGAAGAGGGCACCAUAAUCACCAAGGCCAUUUUACAUGCCGGGGGUCUAAGAAGAAGAGGAAAAUCUUAUACAGGUUCUUGA